ACCUCUAAAAGCUCUUCCUUUCCAUUUUGUGAUCAGUUCCCAUCGCCGGCAUCGUUCUCGUCUCCAUUUUGCGAUCCAUCAUCGUCUCCAUCGUCUCUGGCCUCUUCAUUCCCAUCCUAUGUGCCCGCAUCGUCGCUUGCAUCGAAUUCCUUAUCUAUAACGCUCGAUGCUGGUGACUUUAAGGCUAUCAAGUUGCUCGGCAAGGGCGGGCAAGGCACUGUUUUGCUCGCGCGCCACACGGCCUCAGGAGAGCGCUAUGCGCUCAAAAUCGUCAGGAAAGUUGGCCUUAGGGAGUCAGCGCGCAAGCGAGUCUUCAAAGAGCGAGACGUCAUGCGCCGGAUCGGGAUGGGCGGUGAUAGAAUAUUGAAUGGGAUAAGACAGGAGAGAUGGUUUCUGAGGCUCGACGCUACAUUCGAGGACUCGGAGAGUUUCUUCUUCGUGACGGAAUACGCGCCCAAAGGUGACCUCUGGACCGAGAUGGCGCGGCGGAAGCCAAUGCCUUCUACCGAUGCACUCCAGUUUGCGGCCGAGAUUAUCCAUAUACUCUCACUACUGCAUGAUAUCCAUCGCAUCAUCCACCGUGACUUCAAGCCGGAAAACCUUCUCAUUGAUGCCGCAGGACAUUUGGUCCUCGCCGAUUUUGGCAUCGCAAGGGCGUUUGGGGCGCAUCCAUGGGAGUCCGACACUAGCUCUACUUCCCUAUUCUCCGAACUCGCGUCCGGUACCAUUGACAUGCCCGUGGCAAUGGAAAAGCAAGAAGCCGAAGAGAACGAGAAACAUCGCACGCGGUCACGGGACUUCUUGCCUGAGGCUACACGCAAGAUGUGCGGAACGGCAGGAUACAUGGCGCCCGAGGUCUACGCGGGCCCUUCCUACUCGUAUCCGGCGGACAUCUGGGCGGCAGGUGUUGUCAUAUUCAAGAUGCUCACUGGCAAGCUCCCCUUCGGCCUGGAUCGCGAGCUGUGCACGAAGGAGCUAUUCAGGCGGACGGUUCUGCAGCCCUUGGAGUUCAAGAUCAAUGGAGUCGAGGUAGAGAUUGGCGAAGAUGCUAGGGAUCUCCUGCGGAAAAUGCUCGAGAAGAACCCUGAGAAGCGAGCAUCUGCGCAAAACCUCAAGACACAUCCAUACUUUCUGUCCAUUGAUUGGGAGAAGCUUGCUCGUCGGGAAUGCCCCGGUCCCGGCAUGGAGGCACGCCGUAUGAAGCAUUACAAGAAAGUACACGUUGCUAUUCCAGUAGGGAAGCCGCUCGAUCGUAGCGGCUCGGAUGAUGCCUUCAUUUCGUUCCGAUGGAUGUCGCCCGAGCUCCAGGAGGCGCAUAGGCGAGUCCGCAUAAUACCUGCUGCCGAUAAUGUUGUAAAUCCGGGCCGAUCCUUCGACGAAGAGAAAGGCCCAAAGUUGGAGAAUGUGGCUCACAAGGUGUGGUGGAAAGUCAAGAGGGUCGCAUCGAUGAGAUUUCAGUAG